UUUUACCAAAAACCAUAGUGAUUUUUUUGGUUUUCAUGCUGCCUACAGAGAUUUCGGGGGGAGUGUGUUUCACCUCAAGCGAUCACACCGAAGGAAGUACAGACGGGAUGAAAACUGAAGAGACCAAAUCUUGUCUUCAGUCGCCUCUGUCCUCGACGCCGUUCGGUUCUGAACUUAAAGGAGGAGAGGUGUGUGCCGGUUGCGAGUCGCCUAUCGCUGACCGUUUUUUGUUACGCGUGAAUGAACGCUCCUGGCACGAGACCUGCGUCAAGUGUGCCGUUUGUCUCUGCGCGCUUAGUGGGACCUGUUACAGCAGAGACCGCCUGCUUUACUGCAAGCACGACUAUGAAAAGCUGUUUGUGAGGAAGUGCAGCGCCUGCCUGCAGGUGAUCGGUCGCUCGGAGCUGAUCAUGCGCGUGCUGGGCCAGGUGUACCACCUGGGCUGCUUCAGCUGCUGUGAGUGCGAGCGCAGGCUCCAGCGCGGGGACGAGUUUGUGCUGAAGGAGGGUCAGCUGCUCUGUCGAGGGGACUACGAGAAAGAGCGCGAGAUGCUGGCGGCCAUCAGUCCCACCCCCACUGAUUCGGUGAAGAGUGAGGAUGAGGACGGUGGAGGUGGUUCCGCCGGAGGAAAGGGGGGAGAUGACGGGAAGGAACACAAACGCUCAAAGCGGCCACGUACAAUCCUCACCACACAGCAACGAAGGGCCUUCAAGGCCUCCUUUGAGGUGUCCUCCAAACCUUGCCGAAAGGUUAGAGAGACUCUGGCAGCAGAGACCGGAUUGACAGUGCGGGUCGUUCAAGUGUGGUUCCAAAACCAGAGAGCAAAGAUGAAGAAGAUAGCUCGCAGGCAGCAGCAACAGCAGCAGCAGCAGGAGCAGGAGCAGCUGGGCGGGACCAGGCGAGGGCCGAGCAGAGGAGGCCGGCAGAGCAAUGAUGACAGUGAGGAUGGAUCUAGUAGUCAUGGAUUGGACGGCCUGCUGGGGUACCCCUCUCUGCCACGUCAGCAGCUGCUCGCCCUGGAUCCCAACAUCUAUGGAGGAGAGCCGUUUCGCCACGGCCUCACUCCGCCUCAAAUGCCCAAUGAGCAGCUGCACUCCUACGACUCAGAGACAGUGUUCCACGACCUGGACAGUGACGGAAGCCUUAGUCAUCUCGGUGACUGUCUCAUGGCAACUGCCGACGGCGGGCUUCUGACGGCGCGGGUGGGAAAUCCCAUCGACCGCCUCUACUCCAUGCAGAACUCCUACUUCACCUCCUGACCCAGCUGAACUCUGACCCCAGCUCCACUCCAGCGACACCUCAUCUCAGAGAAAGAGCAAAUGGGACCCCACAUGGAAGACCC